GGAAGGUAAGAAUAUGGCCCUUUCAUCACCUCAAUCAACACUAGAGAUACUCCUUUUUAAAUUGGAGCCUUCAAAGUCAUGCUGAUGGCAUACGAAGAAUGGAUUGAAAAGUUCAAGUAGGUUGAACUGAUAGCAGCAAAUGUAGCACAAAUGAAUCAGAAUCAGAAUCAAAGAAGGUACAAUUCAAAGUACUCUAACAAUAAUAGAGGAACUGGUAGGGUGAGUUUUAUGCAAAGAGGCGACUAUACAGUUAGAAGCAGAGGCUAUGGCAGGAUGAAUUCUGGCAUAACAGGUUCAAAUAGAGGAAGACGAUAUGGCAGAAGGUUUAACAGACAGUACAAUAGUGAAAACUCUCAAUCACAGCAAAGAACAAGUGCUAAUCUUGCAACAAGUAACUUUCGUGUAGAUGAAGCAACAAUUUAUGACCUGAAUUGGCACCCAAAUUUUGGUGCAUAAUGCGUGAGCAUCUUUCCUAUCUUUUCUUAUUAAAUUUAAUGUGGAUUUGUUGAGUUUUUAUGAUAUUUUAAUGUUUUAGACCAUCAUGAAUGCUAUUUUGAUUUGUAUUGCUAUUUUGUUGAUUACAAGUAAAAUUCGGGUGAGUUUGACAGAGUUCAUGCAGAAAAAGAGGGAGAAAAAUAGUUGCUGUCAAGCUGGCGUUAAACGCCAUUACCCGGUGUUUAGCGUCGCAAGCCU